UGUCAGCUCAUGUGUGAUGACAAAGGAUAAAAAUAUAUCUGCAACCAUGGUAGGCAAAGUUUAUGCGAUGAUUAAUAAAUUAGUAAAAGUUUACAAAAUGGAAAAUGGCGUAUUAUAACCCAGGGAAAGUAUUUUGGUCUAAGGUGGAAUGGAUUCCAAAACUGGUCAUUGGUUGAAAGAUUGGAGUAUUGACGACGAGAGACCGUUGAAAUACUAUGGAUGAUUCUACUUUCUACUAUAUCAUGCAUGUCUGUACAUAGAGUGGACAUAAGGAAUUUCAAUAUUUUUGAUCAAUGUCACGUAAUUUUUCAGGAGGCAAACCACGAAAACGAUACAUAUAAUGUACCCGUUCAGCUCUCUGAAAUUUUCGAUUUUGCUGCCGGUGGAAGCCGCUUAGUCCAAGAAGGAGAAAGAGUCUUCAAUGCAGCCCAUUUGUUGAUUGUUGGGGUAGAAGAAGUGUACAAAGAUGGAGUUAGCAUCUUUUCGACUUUUUUACAAUCAUCUUAUCCAUCGUCAGAGCCGCAUGUGAUCAAGAUACGAACGAAGAAAUCAUUUGAUCAGUGGACGUUUGAUUGUACUUGCAAAGCCGGUAAAGGAAAAUGCAAACACCAAAUGGCUAUACUGUACCAUUUAUUGAAGAAACCUACAAUUCCUCUUUUGACGGUGACGGACUUGAAGCAAAAAUGGGGCAAAAUACCAGCCAAAACGGCAACAGACAUGUACAAAGCUGUCCGGUUGAAAGAUCUAUGCUUUACUGAAAAAUCGAAGGCAGCUACGGGAUUGGAAGUCAGUCUACAGAAAUCUACAGUUGAAGAAUUUUUUGAUGAAGAAAAACAGCCCAAAUCCUCCAAAUUUCAGCAAUACGUUGUAUCGCAAACAGAAUAAUCACAAAUUUUACAACACCUUGUGAACUGUUUCCCGGAGAGUGCUCUUGGAUAUGAGGUUUGUGGCAGACCAUCCAUCCAACCUAAUGUGACCAAAACCUCGAAUGAAAUAAACAUUUCCAUUUAUAUCAAGGAAGGUUUAACCAGAAAGUUAUCCUUGGAUUCGUCCUGCUCAAUUAUUUCGUUUGAAGAAUUUGCUUCAAAUUGCAUCAUUAAAAGUUUCGUUGAGGAACUAUUCCAAAUUGAACUUGGCCUGGAGCACAAACACUUCUUGGGACCAUUAGAAGCAAAUCUAUCAAUGUUCUAUGACGUUAAAGUUUGUGUAUCGGCUAAAGAAAGUACUGAAAUUUGUUUGAGAACCGUUUUACCGAACAAUGACGAAUGGAAAGAGGAACGCAGUUUGCGUAUAACAGCUUCUAAUGCUUACUCGCUGUUUACUUACUAUGCGACAGAAACGGAAAAAUCGAAGGACUGGAGGCGUAAAAUAGUAAAAUUGAUAUUCCCUGAAAAUCUUAAAUCAGUGGCUAUUGAGCAUGGGCGACGAUGCGAGCAUCUUGCAAUACAAAGCUAUGUAACCUUGGUUGGUCACCCGGUAGAAAGAUGUGGAUUAGUAAUUCUUUCGCAAAUUCCAUGGAUUGGUUGUUCCCCUGAUGGCAUUGUAAUUACUGAACGUAAAAUCAUUGAGAUCAAAUGUCCUCUAGCGGGAAAAACUACUAAAACUGAAGAUCUUCUAGAAAAUUUACCGUACUUGACCAAAUCAUCUAAGCAACUUAAGAAAAAACAUCAAUAUUUUGCCCAGGUGCAAAUGAAUAUGUUUAUUAUGCAGUGCACUACGGCAGAUUUCAUAAUCUAUUCCGAAUUCGACGACAAAUGUUUCGUUACUACAAUUGAACUUGACGUAGAAUAUGUUCAUCAGCUUCUAAACACUCUAAAGGAAGUUUACUUUAAUGUUUACUUAAGAUACUUGUAUGCCUUAAAAAACUAAGGAUUAAUUCUUAAAUUAAAUUUGUUUAGUUGAUGAGA